AUGUUUAUUUCUACUUCAUACUUUUGUUUUAUUUCAGUACCACUACAUGCAAGUAUGAUUGAUAUUCGUCCAAAUGCCAGAUGGACAACAAAUGGUAUCACCGUUGCUGGAGGAAAUGGAUAUGGCAGUGGAACCAAUCAACUUUCAAACCCAUUGAGUUUGUACGUCGAUGAUGAUCAAACAAUUUAUGUUGCUGAUCAAUAUAAUCAUCGUAUUAUGGAAUGGAAACCUGGUGCAACGAAUGGAAAAGUGGUUGCUGGUGGAAAUGGAUCGGGGAAUGAAGCUCAUCAAUUAUAUAAUCCAUAUAGUGUGAUUAUCGACAAAGAGAGCGAUAGUCUCAUCAUCUUCGAUUCCGGGAAUCAAAAAGUAGUUCGAUGGCCUUGUCGAAAUGGUACUCGUGGAGAAACAAUUAUUUCAAAUAUCACUUGCUGGGGUUUGACAAUGGAUGAUAAUGGAUUUCUCUAUGUCGCUCACUAUGGAAAACAUGAAGUGAGACGAUAUAAAAUUGGUGACACUCAAGGAACAGUAGUUGCAGGUGGAAAUGGACAAGGAAAUAGUCUUGAUCAACUCUCUAAUCCCUACUACAUAUUUGUCGAUCGAGAACAUUCAGUUUAUGUGUCUGAUUAUGGAAAUCAUCGUGUCAUGAAAUGGGAAGAAGGUGCAACACAAGGCGUUGUCGUAGCCGGUGGUCGAGGACAAGGAAAUAGUCUUACACAAUUGCAUUUGCCUUAUGGAAUCAUUGUCGAUCAAUUGGGUACUGUCUAUGUGGCUGAUUAUGGAAACAAUCGUAUCAUGCGUUGGCCAAAAGGAGCUACCCAAGGAAGUGUCAUUAUUGGUGAAAACGGUCAAGGAGCACAGUCGAAUCAACUCAAUAAUCCUGUAGGUCUUUUAUUUAUUCGUGAAAAUCCUCAUAUUAGUCUCUACGAUAUCUUUAUUUAUACAACAUCAAGUUGUAUGAAAUGUGCACUUACGAAUAGUGAUCAUGGAAUUAUUCGUGCACUUCAUUUAUUUAACAAUAGUGUUUUUGUUUGGAAGGAAAAGUUCCUUCAAGAUUAUUAUAUAUUGAUCGAACAAAUUGUAAAUUUAAAUUAG